AAUUACCAGGCUUACUACGAUCUUCAUCAUCCCAAGAAGAGAAACUGGAAGAGAACAGUUAUCGGUUUGGCUGCUUUGUCUCUAACUGGCUAUGGUCUUUACUAUUAUUACUGGCCUCAUCACACUUUUCCUACCUCUGUUGCUAAACUUUUGAGAAAGGGACUAUGGGCAGAAUCCAACAAGGAAAACAACAACUAUGCUGGUGCUUUACAAUUUUAUAUUCGUGCCUUGGAAGAAUGCAAUAACCUAGAAAUCGAUAAAUUAAGCGAUGAAUAUACUGGAGUUCAACUAAAAAUCGCUGAAAUGUUGGAAAAAUUAAACCUAUUAGAGGAAGCUAAAAACAUCUAUCAAGAAUUAGCCGAUUUAUACUUAUCCACCCUACUUUCAGAGAAAAUACCUAUUGAAACUAGACCUCACAUAAUUCAAAAGGAUUUGAGAAUUGUAAUUAAAUUAGUUCACCUAAGUGAAUCUGAUCCAACUUAUUGUUCAAAUUUAUUAUUAACUCAUUGCAUAAAAGCUCAAGAAGAAGUAGCUAGAAGAGGUGGAUCACUAGCUAGCAACGAUUCAAUAGUUCAUCCCAGCCCAAAGAACCAUGAUUUAUUCAUAUCAUAUCCUGUAAAUUCUCAAGCUUGGUUCCCCUUUCGCGAUGAAUUUUUCAUUGCUAGAGAUUUAUAUAUCUCAACUUGUUUAAGGUUAGGUGAACAUUUAUUAGCAAUUAGAUCUCAAAUAACUACUUUACAAUGGAUGGUAAUGGCUGAUUGCGAUUUUCCUGAUAUCAUAAUGUGUCAAUUUAAUCUUGGUUCACUAUUAUAUUUACAAGCUGAAGAAUAUGAAAGUAGAGAAUUAAAUGCUAAAAAAAAUAAUAACGAAAAAGAUAUUCAACUCUUCAAAGAAGAAAAAGAUGAAUGUUUAAAAAGUGCAACUUUUUGUUAUGAAUCAAUAUUAGAAGCUGUAAAAUCUUUUCCUCCUGUUAUUUCAAGAGACCAUCCUCAAAUUGUUGAAGCAUUAGCCUUGACUACAUACUCAUUAGGUGUAAUAAAUUUGCACACUGGAAAUCUUGAAAAGGCAAAGGAAUUAUUAAGAAGAUCAAGAUUAAGAGCCAAGGGCAUAAAUAAUGAGGAAUUAGUAGCCGAAGCUGAAGCUGAAUUAAAAAAAUUAGAAAAAGAAGAAAAAUUAUUAGAACUGAAACAAAAAGAAAAUAAU